GUCGAGGUUUGUGCGCGUGAUAUUUGCUUGGACCUACGACGUUUCCUUGUGUUUCAAUGCAGUUUGAAUGAACUGCUAAGUAUGAUUUGAAUGAAAAAUUCUUAAACGUUUAUUUGAAUUCUGUGAUAACGUUCGCAUUUUUUGGAGAAAAAAAUGAGAGAGACUGAGCUCAAUUCAUCGAGACGUCGAAGUAGUGCGUAAUGGCGCAACAACAAGUGCCUUCCCUGUCACAGGGGAAUUUCAUAUCCUCGGAUCAAGAGACAGCAGGAUUCGACCUGUCCUCAGGCUCAAAAUGGAUCUACCCAGAGAACUAUCCCAGGAGGGAUUACCAGUUCUCCAUUGUACAAACUGCCCUGUACAACAACACGCUAGUAUGCUUGCCAACAGGUUUGGGCAAAACAUUUAUUGCUGCAGUAGUCAUGUACAAUUUCUGGAGGUGGUAUCCCAGGGGGCGAGUAGUUUUUCUCGCUCCCACCAAACCACUUGUUGCUCAGCAGAUAGAAGCUUGUCACGAGAUCAUGGGUAUUCCUAGUGAGGAAACUGUGGAGCUUACAGGUGCUAUCAAUCAAGUCAAGCGUAAACAGGCUUGGAUCCAAAAACGUGUGGUUUUUGCCACCCCUCAGACUUUCCAAAAAGAUCUACAGAAUGAUAUUGUACCUUGUCAAUUAAUUAAGUGUAUAGUUAUUGAUGAAGCUCAUAAAGCUCUGGGAAAACACUCUUAUUGCGAGAUUGUACGUAUGAUGAGUGAUAAAACCAAGUUUUUUCGGAUUCUGGCUUUAUCUGCAACACCAGGAAGCAAAAUUGAUCACGUUAGAGAGGUUAUUCAAAAUUUACUCAUCUCUGAGCUAGAACUAAGAGAUGACUCCUCACCAGACAUAACACCUUAUACCAAUGAUAGGUCAAUGGAAAAAAUAAUUGUUGGCUUGGGCACAGAUCUCACUAAUUACAAAGAUAGAUAUGUAAAUAUCAUGGACCCCCAUGUGAGAAUUUUAGUGAAAAAUAAAAUUCUUCAAACGAAUACAGCAAACAUCUCAAAAGGAAGGAUAUUUAUGCUCUUAAAGCAAUGUGAAAGCAGGCCUCAAAAAUCAAACAAUCACGGUAUUAUAAUGAAAACGUUGAACAUACUGCUCACUAUGUAUCACGCCUAUGAGUUAUUAGUCAAACAUGGCUUGAGAGCCUUCUACAACUUCUAUAUAACUCACUCCGACAAGUUCUGGCUGGAUUCAGAAUUAGACCUUCAGUUACUACUGGAAGAUAUAAAGCGCUAUAUUGGAGAGUUUCCAGUGAUUCACCCAUUGCCUGAUGGAACUAUUCCAGACAUACCCAGUGAUCUCAAGUUUGGUCACAACAAAUUUGACAAACUUCGCGAGCUUUUGACAGACCACUUUAGAUCUUUCGCCGCGCAGAACAAGAGCACGAGAGCCAUCGUAUUCGUUGAAUACCGUGACAUAGUGAACGAGGUAUACGUACUACUGCUGCAGACGCGACCGUUGAUCCGUCCGCAGAUGUUCGUCGGCCAAGCCGGUCAGAAGCAGAAGGAGCAGCUUGCAGCCCUUGAAGAUUUUCGUAAUGAUAAAGUCAACGUGCUCAUUUCCACGUCUGUCGGUGAAGAAGGUCUGGACGUAGGCGAAGUAGAUCUGAUAAUCUGCUUCGACAUUUCCUCGUCGACCCCAACUCGAUUGGUGCAGCGAAUGGGUCGAACAGGUCGUAAACGCAGCGGUCGCGUCGUAAUCUUGCUGACUGAAGGCAAGGAGGUGCAGACGCUUAACCAGGCCUUGUGUAAGAAAGACUCACUCAAUAGUAAGGUCUUGCAAUCCAGCAACAUCGCGUCCUCUCUAUAUCAGUCGAGCCCUCGAAUGGUACCCGCGAACGUUACACCGGAGUGUACGCCGAUUUUUAUCAAAGCACAACCAAAGACACCUAAGGUUAAGGGAAAGAGACAACAGACCAAGCCGCCUGGAGAGAGAAAGCCCAGAAAGAGCAAAAAGGAUUCUAUUGGAGCUGGAGCUAGUGCUGGCGGAGAAGAUUUUGAACCUAUGGAAGUGGUCCCUGGACCAUCUACGUCCAAAGCUGGUGGGCAAAAAGCCAGUGGAAGCACUCAACCAUCGAUGAUGAUGUUCCUUACCGAGCAACGUCCGCAAAAGAAGCAGCCAUCUUCGACCGUCGUCAGCAGCAGUGGAUUUGACAGCGACUCUGGCAUUAUUAUGGAAGAGUUCCAACCUAUCUCUCGACCCAAUUCUUCAGACCCUUACAGCUACAUCCGCCCAUCCGAUGUGAAGCUCCUUACCUCUGACAGUCACGCUCUCGAGUUUCUCACGCUCUGCGCCAUGAAGAAAUCCGAGCAGGAGUCCGAUCAGAAAGCUGAACCGUAUUUACAAAUCGACAGGACCUGGCUUCCAAAACGCACUCCACCACGAUUGGAGAUGUUCGAGGAGCUCGAGAUUCCCAAUCUUAACAUCCUCGACUGCAUCAAGAACCUGUGUGUCUACGAGAAAACAGAAGAGGAGAUCGAGGUGCACUGUCUGUCCGACGAGUCCGUGCACGAGUUCGCACCUCCUGUCGUAGAAGACAAUGACACGAGACAGUCUGAUUUCUUCAAUAACUUCGCCAGUCCACCCAAGUCAAAGUACGCCGAGGCAUCCGAACAGAGAGCCCAGAUGGUCAAAGAGGUAGCGGCGGCAAACUUUUUCGCCGACGACUUCUCCGCAAGCGUCAAUUCCGUGAGAAAGGCCGAAUCCAUCGGUUCGGACUUUUUCGACGUGGACUUCAGUUUGCAGAAAGAGGUGCCCCAAUAUAAGGAACGGAGUCGAGAAACAUCGGUCGAGUUGAAUGAAAGGACACCUACGAAGGAAAUAUUCCAGCCUCGGGAUCAGAGCCGAGAAUCAUCGGUAGAGUCGAAACCGAGGACACCCGCAAAGGUAGAAGUCGAUUUCACAUCACUGCUGGACGAGGGUACCGAAAGCGAAUCGAGUCAGUGUGUCGAGGCCAGUGUUGAGGGUUCUAACAUUUUCGAUGAACUCCUCGAGGCAGAUGACUCCAGCGACGAGACCGAGAUGUUCGACACCACUGUGCUACCUAAUAGGACACUCGUUGGUAAGAGAAGUGCUAGUCGCAGUCCAGAGCAUGAGAAAGAGGAACCUCUAGCCAAGCGACAAAAGACCGAGGAAUCGUCGGAUAGCGAAGCGGUACCUGGAACACCGCCCAAGGAUAAGGAUCUGAGUCGGUCAAUUCUUAGCUACAGCGUAGGGAGUAUCGUUCCUGCUCCGGCUGCUGCUGAUGAUGACUCCGAUGUAGACAUGUUCGAGGACAUGGACUUCGAGACGCAGUUUACUUUCAGGGAUACCAAGCUCAAGCAGUCCCAAGUUAAACAGGAUGUUGAAAAGAAGGAGAAGAUCGCUGCAGGCGACGAGCUAGUCUUUGAUGAUCCGAGCAUACUGGAUAGUGACAAUGACAGAACGCUGCUACCAGAAGUCGAAGAACUAAAUACAAAAGAAGAAAAGGAUAGCAAAGACAAACCAAUGCUACCAGCAGCUAAAGAACCAAAUGCAGACGUCAGGACGGUUGAUAACGACAAAUCUAAGGGCAAAACUAGUGCUAAUAGUUUUGACUUUGACGAUUGGAUGGACGACUUUGACUUCGAUGUGGAUGCCUGUGUCGUGGAGAAGGAGAAGAUCGAGCGCGAGGAAGUCAGCAGUUUUUUCGAGCGCAAGACUCGCUCACAGGAAGCUUCUACCUCUGGCUGGAUCGACAGCAAAAUGCCGGCGCCUCUCAGUCUUAUGAACUCCAAUAAACCGAGCCUGUCGCUCAAAAAGAAACCAGAUGAUGUGCAUAAAAAGGUACUGAGCGUCCAGGGAGUACCGCGACCGAACGCAGGCUUACUCAGUUUGAAACGUGACAAGGACGGGUUUGCUGUGCCCUCAAUCAAGCUAAAUCACGGAGGUAUCAGCAGCAGCAACAAGGAGAACAGCUUGCCGAGGUGGCAUCGCGACAAGAACAUUAGCCCGCGCUUCCGAAAGUACCACAGUGAGAACAAUAUCACUAUUGAUUCGCACAAGGAGGAAGAACGGAAGAAACGAUCGAAAUUGAGGAAGAGAAUAGUCAACGAUUUUCUAGACGACGAGGCUGAGGUCUCAAGUGACAUGGAUACCUCUGAGGGAAGCUCUUGUGGUGAGGAGGACAAGGAUAAGGAUCUCGAGAGUUUCGUCAGUUACACGCAGGACGUGCACGAGGACGAGGACAUGCGCGCACACUACCUGCAGACUGUAAACAAGAGUCCUAUAAGGUCAGGAGCGUUUAUGUUCAAAAAACCUAGGGAAGUGGUGCCGAUGCACGAAAUCUACUCGCAGCCCAUCACACAGUCGCAGGCCAAUGACACGUAUAUGCAUGACUCUUUUUGCGUAGGUGACGAGACGCAGAUUGACGACAUCAGGCAUGACAGUGAGAGUUCCUCGAGCGAUUCCAUUUUGGAUAGUAUAGAGUCUAGCUCAGAAAGCAGACGAAGGAAAGUGAGAGACAAGAAGCGAGAGAAGUUUAAGGUUUUAAAGAACAAAAGGAGAAUGAAUAAAAAUAAAAGAGAUCUGAGCAGUAGUAGUAGUAGUAAUACGUGUGGAAGCAGCAGCGAGGACGAAACUGAAGCCCUGCGCAGACAAGUUUUGGAAGAGUCCAUGAUGAUGAAGAAAAAAAAAUCGCGACACUGAGAAAAACUUGCGAUCAAGCGUGGAUUAAUAUUCCUAGUUGAACCGAAUAAUGUUCUUAUAUUUAUAAAAUGUUUAUUGUACUAAUCGAAUGGAUUUACGAAUCGCGGUACUGUAUGAAAUUUCAUUAUUGUUCAAAUUUAUACAGAUUUAUAAUCGAAUGCGGAGCAUUUAUACUAUGCGUAUAUUAUAAAACUUUUUAUAUGUUUUGAUAAUUAACGUUUACAUAUCGUCAUACUGCGCAAAAAGGUAUGUUUUCGUUAACAAAAGCGAUCAAAUUAGUGAGCAAAGAACUCGUAGUUAUUGCAAUACACUGAACGUUAGCAACAAUUUUACGAAAUUGUUUGCGUUAAGUCUGUGAUCUAUUAUUAAGACGAAUGUAUUAUAGACGAAAUUGUCGUUUUACGACUUGCCAAAUAAAUUAUUUAAUUAUGAUAACACA